UUAGAUCACUCAUAGUACCGUAGGCGACCCACUUCGACAGCCUCUUGCAACAAGCUUACAGUCUCAAACGACAGCUCACCGCGACCGAACGCAACAUGUUUCUCGAAAGUUUCCUUUUAAACCUCGCGGUUAUGGCGAUUCUCAUAAUCGCCCUAACCCUCGACUACGUGACCAAGUUCUUCAGCUACUGGUACGUCCGCCACAUACCCUACAAGUCGUCCAUCCCAUUCUUCGGAGGCGACUACCACAGAGUACUCGGAAUUAGGAGCAGUACCGAAGAUGUCAACAUACUAUACAACAAAUACCCUAAAGACAAGUAUGUCGGAAGACUCAAAAGCAGAAUUCCUGACCUGAUAGUGAAAGAUCCCGACACACUAAAGAGGAUGUUGUCAACAGAUUUCGCACAUUUCCAUAGCCGAGGUCUCUGCUUGGACAAAUCUCAGGAUGUUUGUUUACGAGACAAUUUGUUUUAUGCCGACGGAGAAAAGUGGACUCUAUUGCGUGAGGGUUAUGAAUCAUUGUUGAGUACCAUGGACUGUUCGUUGGAGAGUUUGAGUGACUGUUUGCCGGGAACAAAUGGUGAUGCUAACGUUCAAGAGACGUUGGUAAAGGUAUUGGACAAAGUCUUCGAGGAUUUACUUCUCGGGAACGCCGGAGGGUCAGUUAUAAAGGACCUGAGAUCAGCAAUACAAAAGCGUUCAGUGACGGAGAGAUUUAAGAGCUAUUUGAAGGACAUUUUUCCUUCUUUGUAUGUAAUGUUUGGUUUGGUUACAAUAUUUGGAGAGCCUUCAAACAAAACCAAGAAUGAAAUCGAACAAUCGAAAGUGUUGUCUCAAAUCAAGAAUAUGGUCAAUGCUUUUCAAUCUGGAGGCAAGGACAAGAAGAAGAAGCCUCACUCUGACGUGGAAUUUGCUUACUCAGUUAUAGCAUCAUUCAUAACCGAGGGGUACAUGCCUUGUUUGACUGCAUUAACUGCAUUGAUUUACGAAUUGGCUUUGAAUCCUGAAGUUCAAGAGAAAUCAAGGAAUUCCGUCUCUGUACACAAUAGAGACGAGUAUUUGGACGUGGCUAUAAAAGAGGCAUUGAGGCUGCACCCUCCAUAUUCAAUUAUUGCGAGACAAUGUACGAAGAUGAAUCACCCAGAAGGUGGUUUCCUAAUUGAUAGGAAGGUGACAAUUAAUGUUCCUGUAAUGGCUUUGCAUAGGGAUGAAGAGAACUAUGUCAAUGCCAAUGCAUUCAAUCCUGAUAGAUUUUUGGAAGACGAAGGAGCGUCUAAGCAUUGUUAUGCUUAUUUGCCGUUUGGAGCUGGACCUAGAAAAUGCAUAGGAGAGCAGUUGGCAUUGAAAAUAAUAAGAAAUGUAAGCAAGGCGAUACUGAAUAAGUAUGAGAUUGAACCAUGUGCCAAAACGCCAUCACAGCUUACCAUGGUCGAUCAUAACUUCGGCAGAAUUGUAGACAGAGAUAUUUGGCUCAGAUUUAAAGUCAGAGCUUAAUUUUAUUAAUUAGUAUUUUUAUAAGGCUUGUAUUUUGCGUUACAAACUACCAAGGUUAUAAUUUUUAAUGUACCGAAUACAGGAAGUUUCUUUGGACCUUUAUUUAAGGUAAAAUCAACCGUAAGAUCUUUAGAUUGAUAGUAUUCAGUGAUAGGAAAAAAGUAUACAAAUUAGGUUACCUACUAUUAAAUGUGGUGUUCAGAAUAAUUUUAUUUCUAGUUUUUAGUUGUGUGCAUCUUUUAUUUCUAUCAAGCUCAAUUAGAUUUAAGGUACUAGAGGUAAGAUUGACUAUUUAUUCAUGACAAUUUAUAUGUAUAGUUGUUUAACACUAGAAAGACCAGAGUGGUCAAAUGACCCCAAUGAAGUUUUUGAUCA